AUGCGAUUGAAUGAGAAGGGGCCCGAUCCGCAUUCCUACAACGACUCCAUUCCACCCCCCGCAUAUUUCUCCGGUCCGCCGGUCCUAUCCAUUGCAUCUGCCCUUUACGCUUACACUCCUACUGAUGCUGGGGAUUUGGCUUUGCAGCCCCAGGAUAGAAUCCAGGUUCUAGAGCACAUGAAUAAUGACUGGUGGCGAGGCCGGAACGAACGCACACGCCUCGAAGGAAUUUUCCCGCGAACCUAUGUCAGUGUGAUCGAAGAGAAAUCAACAAUUCAUUCACCGCAGCCAGUCAGCGGUUAUGGCAAUCUUCCUCUGGAGAUUUCUCAUUCAGGUUCCUCUGGAUCACACAAACCCAGCAAGUUCGAAGAGAACGGGAAGAAAUUCGGAAAGAAAAUGGGCAAUGCCGCAAUCUUCGGUGCUGGUGCGACUGUUGGCUCCAAAAUUGUCAACGGCAUUUUUUAA